AUGAAAUUCGGUAAGAGUCUCAGCAACCAGAUCGAGCAGACCCUGCCUGAAUGGCAAGACAAGUUCUUGUCUUACAAGGAGCUCAAGAAACGACUUAAACUCAUCGGUUCCAAAACCGGAGAAGAUCGUCCGGUUAAACGUCUCCGGCUCGAUUCCUCCGGAUAUUCGGUCGGAAUGUCUAAAGAAGAGAUCAGUUUCAUCCAAUUGUUAGAAGACGAGUUAGAGAAAUUCAACAAUUUCUUCGUCGAGAAAGAGGAAGAGUAUAUCAUCAGAUUAAAGGAAUUGCGAGAUAGGAUUUCAAAGGCUAAAGAAUCAAAAGAGAAGAUGAUGAUGAUAAGGAGAGAGAUUGUUGAUUUCCAUGGAGAAAUGGUUCUUCUCGAGAAUUACAGUGCCCUUAAUUACACAGGAUUGGUUAAGAUACUGAAGAAGUAUGACAAACGAACUGGUGAUCUCAUGCGUUUGCCUUACAUUCAGAAAGUUCUUCAGCAACCUUUUUACACUACAGACUUAUUGUACAAGCUAGUGAAAGAAUCCGAGGCAAUGCUCGAUCGAUUCUUCCCGGCUAAAGACGAAACCCUUGUUGAAUCCGACAAUCCUACGGUUUCUGAUGCGGCAGAGUCUGAGAAUAUCCAAACAGAGCUAUCAGAACACAAGUUUAUGGAGAGUCUUCACAUGAAAAGCACAAUCGCCGCGUUGCGGGUUUUGAAGGAAAUCAGGAGCGGUAGCUCUACCGUGAGCGUGUUUUCGUUACCGCCGCUUCAAUUGAACGGAUUAGAAGAGACAUGGAAGAAGAUUCCAUUGUUGGAGCAAGAAGCUAAAUAG